ACGGCCCCCUCCAUGGUUGCUCCUGCUCUCGCAGGAGGCCCAGCGCGGCCGCACCAUGGAGUCCAUGUUUGAGGACGACCUCAGCAUCCUGACCCAGGAGGCGCUGGGGCCCAGUGAGGUGUGGCUGGACGGUCCUGGAGACCCCGCGCUGGGGGAGGACAUGUGCUCUGCCUCCCACUUCGCCCUCAUCACCGCCUAUGGAGACAUCAAGGAGCGGCUGGGGGGCCUGGAGAGGGAAAAUGCCACCCUCCGCCGCCGCCUCAAGGUCUAUGAGAUCAAGUACCCACUGAUCAGUGACUUCGGGGAGGAGCAUGGCUUCUCUCUGUAUGAAAUCAAGGACGGCUCCCUGCUGGAGGUGGAGAAGGUCAGUCUGCAGCAGCGGCUCAACCAGUUCCAGCAUGAGUUGCAGAAGAACAAGGAGCAGGAAGAGCAGCUCGGAGAGAUGAUCCAGGCCUACGAGAAGCUCUGCGUGGAGAAGAGUGACUUGGAGACGGAGCUGGGAGAGAUGCGGGCCCUGGUCGAGACCCACCUGCGCCAGAUCUGUGGCUUGGAGCAGCAGCUGCGGCAGCAGCAAGGCCUCCGGGACGCCGCCUUCUCCAGCCUGAGCCCCCCGCCGGCACCCGCCCCGCCCUGUGCGGAGCUGGACCUGCACUACCUGGCACUGGGAGGGGGAUCUGGCUUGGGUCACGCAGGCUGGCCAGGCCCCACGCCCAGCAUGAGCGAGCUGGAGCGGCGGCGGCUCGAGGAGGCUCUGGAGGCUGCCCAGGGAGAGGCCCGGGGAGCUCAGCUCCGAGAGGAGCAGCUCCAGGCGGAGUGUGAGCGGCUGCAGGGGGAGCUGAAACAGCUGCAGGAGACCCGGGCCCAGGACCUGGCCUCCAACCAGUCGGAGCGGGACAUGGCGUGGGUGAAAAGGGUCGGGGACGAUCAGACCCAAGCCCAGCUCUUCUCGAGGUGUCGGGGGCUGAGAGAGACUCGCUCAGCUGUUGCUGUGCUCCGUGUCCCCAGUUGGGUUCACGCUGCCCUCGCUAGGGAAGAGGAAAGAGAUGGUCUCUCAUGGGCGCCCACCCUACUCAGACCCUUCAGCCAGGGGGAGCGCGUCUUACCAGAGGCCGCCUCGGGGCUCUUCCUCUCUUUCCUGGGGCUUCGGACUCUGCCUUGGGCCUCUGAUCUCUGCAUCUGGAGCCAGCAGUUCCUGCUGCCGUCCCCACGCUGCCUUGGCCCACAAGCUCUGGCCAUGAAUGCUCCCGUGAAAACAGACACCCAGAUUAGACCUGACCGGACGGCCGCCCUCCAGCCUCUGCGUGGGCUGCGGUUAGUGGUGGGGAAGAAGUGUGAACUCGAGAGAGAGGAUGGAAACUGCACAGAGGUCAAGGGCAGUGUGGGUCUCCCUUGGCUGGGCACCCGGCGGCCCACAGCCGUCGACUUGCAGGCCUGGGGCUCCCUGAGGCUGGCCGAGGGUUCUGCAGCUGGCGUGAGGGUGGCAGGGGCUGCUAUGAGGAGCCGGGCUCUGGGGACCGCGGUGUGGCUGGUCGGGGAGAGCGAAGGGGGCUCGAGGCGCCAGAAAGGAAGUGGUGGAGCACGGCUUGUUGAGAGCGACUUCCUCCUACCCCCGGCCCGGCCGGGCCUGCAACCUCAAGCCCGCUCCACGGCCCGGUGCCUGUGGUCCCCUCCCCGAGGGUCGGUCUGUGAGGAGGGUGCCAGGAGCGGGAUGGUAGAAACUAGGGUAGCUCUUGACAGGGAGGGAGGCAAGAACGGGAGUGAUGGCACCCGGGAACUGAGUGUGGCAGGCAUGAGCUCUGAGGCAGGGCCCUGGAUAGGGCACUGGAGAUUAAAUGUGGUGACAGAACCCUUACCAAUGAGGAACUCCCAGGAGAGUUCAGACAAGGCAGCCUUCGAGAGCUGCUCCGUGGGAGUGGUGCUCCCUCUGCUGAUGGAGACAGUGGGCUCUGACAUCCGCAGCUGUCCUCUCUGCCAGCUGGGUUUCCCUGUCGGAUACCCGGAUGAUGCCCUCAUCAAACACAUUGACUCCCACCUGGAGAACAGCAAGAUCUAGGGCGCCUCCCCCACCCACUGGCUGGUUUUCUGCCCCUCCCAUCACCCCAAAACAAUCACUCUGAAUGCUGCAUGAAUCUCGUGGGGGGCCCCUGCCCCUGGCGACCCCCAGAUACCUCCACUAGCUACCGAGUCAACGUGCGUGCCGUCUUCCCUGGUCCGGGCACCACUCAGCUCUGGCUCUUCCUGGGCGGUCAGCCGAGGCUCCCCCACCUUCCUGGCUUCUGCUGGGGAGGUGGAGAUCUGGGCUGGGAUGGAGAGGGGCUUGCCCCUCCCAGUGUCUCCCUCUGCCUUUCCGUUCUUAAACAGGGUUGGAUCCCAGAAGGUGUCAGUGCCCGGGCCAUGGGAAGGGGUGGGUGUCGGAGGACUCCGGGAGCUUCUGGGCCCCUCCCCGGAUGCCCCUCUUUCUCAGGCUGGGCUCUGUCUGGGUAGCCCCGCUCUGCACACUGAUGCUGGCUCCUCAUCCCAUGGCUGGCUUGGGCUUGUGGUGUGGGCUCCCUUGGGGGAAGGAGCAUCUGGUUUCUCACCGUUUCCUGUAGGCCAGCCCGGUCCUCCCUACCCUGCUCUCUGCCCACUCUGGGCUAUAGGGAGGGUGGGAGAGGAGGGAGAGGGCCCUGGAGGAUGGGAGGAUCCAGCCGGAGGCUGCCCUGAGGGCUGGGGAACUGUCUGCCAGCCCCCCAGGCCCAUGCUCUGCUCCUGGAGCCCUGGCACUGAGGCACAGAUUGUCAAGGCCGAUGCCCCCUCCACCAGUGCCCUGGAACCCACGUGUGACUCAGCCUCUGUCAGCCGGGUGGGUGCCGUCAGCCCCUGCCUCCCAGGCCAGAACCUGAGAAUGGGCCCAGAGUGCUGUGGAGAUCAACUUCAAAAGAGCUAACCCCUUCCCACACCUCACUCACCCACAUUUCCUCUGUGAAAUCUACCUCAGAGUCGUACCCUCAGAAGGAUGGGUAAGCAGGAGGCCAGGGGGUCCCCAGGGCUGAGGUGGGGAGCCUCCCAUGGCAAGAGCCUGCCACCCACAAAUGAAUCCACCCCCUACCACUGUGCGCCUCUCCCAGGUCUCAGCCCCGGGAGGGGGCAGUGGCUGCUACCGACAGCGCAUGUCCUGCUCUGAUCCAGCUCUUCCAGGCCCCACCUUCUGCACCCUUCCCCUCCAUAGUGCAGGGGAGUGUCCAGCGGGGAGGGGGCCGAGGACACGUGUCAUGUACCCUGCGUGCCCCUGGGGAGGGGAAGUGGGGAAGGGGCCCGGAGAGGUGAGGCACGGUGCCUGUGCUCUCUGAACAAGUUGAAAGUCCAAAUAAAACGUAUCUGUUCCAUCUGC